AUGGAAUUAAUUCAAGACUCAUCACUAUCAAAUGAUUCGGCAGAUCUUUUCAACGAUUCCAAAAAAGAAGGCCCGGCUGUUGAAGUAUGGUUUUUUUGCGAAUUUUUUUGAAUAAAAUCGAGCUUUUCUGCUUCAGAUUGUGAAGAAAUGGAUGAUGAUCGCGUAUCGUUUGUACGGAAAUAUGCUCGACAACGCCGACUACGCGUUCUUUUUGAGCGUUCCGCAACUCAUCUCGCAGCUCUCGUUCCUGAUGUCAGUCUCCAAAGAGGUGGUUUUCAGCCGAAAAUGACCGGAAUGUAAACAUUUCCGUAGAAAGCGACAGGUUUGCGGAUGGAGUUUGGCGGAAAUCCGACGUUCGAGAAGUUGGCGCAUCAAAUUCAGCAUCAGAAUAUGCUGGAAAUCACUGAAAAGUUCAUGAAGACGUGGGGGACAGAGGUGCGGGAAGCGCUGGAGCCCGGGCAGAUUAUGUCGGCUCGACGGGUGCUCUGCUAUCCGAGCAGCGCCGUCUCUUUCCAUCUGAACACUCUCAAGUCCCUCCGUCGUUACCGCGUCGAAAUGAAGAUCUUCGAGGGCGCGAAAGAGCAUCGGCACUGGGUGAGCGCCAAAUUGAAGAAGAAUUUGGCGGAGCAGGUGGUUGUGAAUGUGUGGGAGGAGGAGUGCAUGAUCAAGGAGACGCUCGAGCAGCAGAAGAGCAAGAGGAAGCCGGCCGGCGAAGGGCCGGAUCUCGAGGAGUUGCGCCGGAAAUUCGAGAGAAAUUCGCCGAUUCUCAUGUGGAUCAGCCGCGCGAAUGUGGCCAUUUUGCCCGAAAUGUGCGAUUCGAAACAGUUGUACUCGCAUCGGGGAACCGAUUAUUUUCGCGUUUCCGCCACGCCCACCAAAAGGAUUUCCGUGCUCAAGGGCGAAAUGCGUGCGUUUUUAAUUCCGAAUUUGAAAAAAAAAACAGAUGUGUAUCGAUUUCGUCGAAUUUUAUCGAAAAAUUUCAUAAUCUUCUUUUUUUCAGCGUGGAACAUGACAAUUCUGCCGACGGGAAAUCCGCGAAUCCUCUUCGUUCUCAUCUACAAUCACACGCGAAAUCUGUGCUCAUUCUCGGAUCUUCAGUCCCAAAUCGAAAAGAGCCGACCGCGUGUUCCGUGCGUAAUACACGGCUACGAGCAUGAAAAUGCGAAAGAGAAUCGCGAGAUCACGGACAUUUAUUUCGCGCACUGGAGGGACGAGGAGUUCCAUCCGAACCGCUUCGCGCCGGACCUCCGGGAGACGAUGGACGUGGACGGAAUCUUCGAGAACGGCGGCUUCGGGGACCUGGCCCAGUCCGCCGCGAGACCCUCUUCCGGCGGCGACGUGUUUCAGAUCGCACACCUUCAGAACUUCUCCCUCCUUAGCAUCUUCAACACGCCCGUUUCCAGGUAAAGCGACUCGAUGCAAACGCGCUCCAUCGCUCGAAGUUUCCAGAGUGUGUUCACAAGAAGAUAUACGUGGCAAACACGCGGAAGCAGCGGUCCCCAAAAGCCAGCUGGACGCCGGCUCCCCGCACACCGAGCUCGUUCCAUUUCCGUUCAGCGUACUCGUCUGGGACAGCGAGCGAUGCAUUCCGGUGUACAUGGGAAAGUGAGUUACUGGACAUUUAUUGAUUAACUCAUAUUUUGACAAACAUUUUCAAAUUUUCCGGGAUUUUUCGAAGUUUAGAAAUGCUUUGAAAGUCUUUAACAAUUUGGAACUUUCGAAAGACGAAUUUUCAAAGCUAUUAUUUUUCAGAAUAACUGGAAAACGGCUGGACGACGUGAAACCAAGUCGGAGCGGAUGGAAAAAAUGGCUGUUCGGAUGGAUUUGA